AUGUUUGGUUCUGCCCCCUUCUCCUAUGCCCCCGGAGGUUUGUCUCCGGACGACCGGACUCAAAGACGCAGUUUUCAUAAUGACGACCAGAGGGUUUCUCCAGUGCAGAGAAACAACAUGUCCAGACCCACAGGAAAAUCCAUCUACAUGCAGAGAAAAGACUACUCAGACUCACUGAACAAGCAAUCAGACAACUUAAACGUGAGAGUGGAGCACCUGUUUACGUGUGACCUGGACGGCCGGGACAUUGCCUCCAUUAGUGACUGUGUGGCGAAGCUGAAGAGGCUGGACACUAAAGGUCGACUCUGGUCCCAGGAGAUGGUGCUGGAGCUGCAGGGAGGCUAUCUGCUCCUCCUGGACAUUGAGACCAAGUCUGAGUUGGACUCUCUGGCUUUAAGCAACAUCCUUGAAACGAAUGCCAUUUUGGACACCUGUGAGUACAACUCUUUGCUCACACUCAACGUGCAGGAGCGCAACAAACGCGUCACUCAAGUCUAUAUGUUCCAGUGUGAAGAGACGGGGGCUGAUGUCAUUAAAGCAGACUUGGAUAAAGCAAUUAUAAAAGGAGGACAAGGAUUUGUGGAGCCACGCGCCCAGGAACCUCUGGACCAGUCAGAUUUCAGGACCAGCCUUGAUGCGAUCCUCGGUGCCGGAGGGUACCGCCCUGAAGGCCCUCGUGCCGUGUUGAGAGAGCGGUUCACUCCAUCUCCUGAGCCGCCGCAGUGGAGCAGCAGGGAACCAGUAAACUUUCCUCCUGAUGAAGCGAUGUACAAUGAUGACCGGCAGCUGGACCCAGGGCCGCCUCAGCUCUCUGACACAGACAGAAACACAGAAAUAUUUAAUCAUGUUUUGAAUGAUCUGGAGAUCUUCAUGGCUGAGGUCAUGUCAGCACUCAAUACAACAUCUCAGAAACCAGAAAAAAAGAAGAGGAAAUCAAAGAAGAAGAAAGAAGCACCAGCAGUGGUUCUCCCAUCAUUGGACCAGUAUGUUUCCUGUCUCCAGAAAAUCAAAUAUGGAUUUAAUCUUCUGGGACAGCUGGAGGAAGUCCUCAAUGACCCCAGUGCUGAAGACUAUGUCCACUUCAUAUUCAAUAUUUUGGCUUCGCUGGUGUCUCAAUAUCCUCCGGACGUCCCACCUACAGUUCUAGCACCGCUGUUGACUGAUGCGGCGCUGCAGCUACUGGGCUCUGUGGUGACCCCUGAAGAGGAACAGCUCUGGGGGUCUCUGGGAGACUGCUGGAUGUUCCCCAGAUCUCAGUGGGCAGAGGAAGACAUCCCAUUUUACAUCCCAGACUUUUACGACGGCUGGCAGCCUCCUCCUCAGUCACAUGCACACGGCCCAGUGAGCCGCAGCAACAGCCGGCGGUUCUCGCCAAUACAGCAGAACGGACUGGGUCAAGCUCUGCCCUCUUCACGAGCUACUGAACCAGAGUAUAUGCGAGCUAUUUAUGAUUUUGUGGCAAGAAACAACAGAGAGCUCAGCCUCAUGAACGGGGACGAGGUUGAGGUGGUUCAGAAGAAUAAGCAGUGGUGGCUGGUCCGUAACAGCCGCAAUGAAGAGGGUCAUGUUCCUCAAAAUGUCCUGGAGUCAAUCAACCGAUCUCCAAUGCCACAGCGUGAGGCCCCUGUGACUCUCGACAUGAGGUCUUCUUCUGCAGAGGUCUCGACUUGGCUUUCAUACAAGGGUUUCUCCAAAAUGACGGUGCGGAGCCUGGGUGUCCUGAACGGGCAACAGCUGCUGGGGAUGAGCAAAGACGAGAUCAGGUCGGUUUGUCCAGAAGAAGGAGGGAAAGUCUUCUUCCAGCUGCAGGCCAUAAAAUCUGCUAUCGCUCUCGCCAGUGAACCAUCAGGGCCUUAUUACAACGGCCGCUACUGA